UAAUUAUUGAUAAAAUGUCUGUCUCAAGCCUAAAAAUACUCAUUAUCGGCGAUAGCUCAUGAGGCAAGACUUCCAUUCUCAACAGGUUCGUCCUUGGCAAAUUUGAAGAGUCGUACAAAGCCACAGUAGCUUGUGAAUUCGCUCUUAAGAUCCUUAAAAUAGACGACAUCUCCAUCCGACUGAACCUGUGGGAUAUUGCAGGACAAGACAGGCUGGGAGGGAUCUCAAACCUGUUUUGUAGGGAUGCUUCUGGCGCCAUCGUUCUCACAGACAUUGAGAAGAAGGAAACUCUAGAUAAUGCUAUUCAGUGGAAGCAUCAAGUUGACCUACACCUUGAAUCAGAAGGGGAAAAUAACAUUCCGAUGGUACUAGCAGUCAACAAAUAUGAUUUAAUCGAAGAAGAAGAGAAACGGGGCGACCAAAUCAAAGAGGAGAUGACAGAGGAAUAUCUCCAAGACUUCGCCAGAGAGCAUGGCUUCUCCGGCUUGUUCCGCACCAGUGCGAAGACCGGCAAAGAUGUCACAGCCACCUUCUCCCAACUGGUGUAUGAGAUCUUGAAACAAAAGGCUGAACAAGAGGAAGAAGCAACCACUCGAGACACUAAAAUUAGGGGUACAAGUCUCUAUGCAUCCUCUUCGAAGAGACAUAACAAAAAAUCUUGAAGUUGCUAGCCCAAAUACUAAUAUUUUCAUAAUAACUUAUCAAGGUUUA